CAAAGCGUUGACCUUACUCGCCUACCCCUUCAGCCUGCAUAAAAAUACCAAGUCGAUAGACACAUCUCCACCACCAAGACAUGGAGAAUUCCUGGGUAGUUUUAGCAUUAGCAGGCCUUCUUACAUUAGUUCUUCUCUCAAAGUUUCUCCAUAGUCCUCGUCGUAAACAAAAUCUUCCACCAGGUCCAAAACCAUGGCCUAUUGCUGGCAAUAUACAUCUUCUUGGUUCCACCCCUCACAGAUCCCUUCACGAACUUGCAAAAAGAUACGGAGAUUUAAUGUUACUAAAGUUCGGUUUGCGCAAUGUCCUUAUUGCAUCCUCCCCAGAUAUGGCAAGAGAAUUCUUGAAAACAAAUGAUGCCAUUUGGGCUUCUCGCCCUGAGCUUGCUGCUGGUAAAUACACUGCUUAUAAUUAUUGCGACAUGACAUGGGCACGUUAUGGACCCUUUUGGAGACAAGCAAGGAGGAUCUAUCUCAACGAGAUUUUCAAUCCUAAACGUUUGGAUUCGUUUGAGUACAUUCGCAUAGAGGAAAGGCAUAAUUUGAUUUCACGCCUUUUUGCUCUCUCGGGGAAGCCAAUUCUUCUUAGAGACCAUUUAACUCGGUACACUCUUACAAGUAUAAGUAGAACAGUAUUGAGUGGGAAAUAUUUUAGCGAGUCACCUGGUCAACGUUCAAUGGUAACUUUGGAAAAAUUGCAGGAUAUGCUUGAUAAGUGGUUUUUGCUUAAUGGUGUGAUCAAUAUUGGGGACUGGAUACCUUGGCUUGCUUUCUUGGAUUUGCAGGGUUAUGUCAAGCAAAUGAAGGAGUUGCAUAGGAACUUCGACAAAUUUCAUAAUUUUGUGCUAGAUGAUCACAAGGCUAAUAGGGGAGAGAAGAAUUUUGUGCCAAGAGACAUGGUGGAUGUUUUGCUGCAGCAAGCUGAGGAUCCUAAUCUUGAGGUCAAACUCACCACUGAUUGUGUCAAGGGUCUAAUGCAGGACUUAUUGGCUGGCGGCACAGACACCUCAGCAACAACAGUUGAAUGGGCUUUUUAUGAACUUCUUAGACAACCAAAGAUUAUGAAGAAAGCACAACAAGAGCUAGACCUUGUCAUUUCACACGACAGAUGGGUUCAAGAAAAUGAUUACACUCAACUCCCUUACAUUGAGUCAAUCAUCAAGGAAACAUUAAGGCUUCACCCAGUAAGCACCAUGCUUCCGCCGCGCAUUGCCUUGGAGGAUUGUCACGUAGCAGGCUAUGACAUACCUAAAGGUACAAUUUUAAUGGUGAACACUUGGAGUAUUGGAAGAAAUUCACAGCAUUGGGAGUCACCAGAACAAUUCAUUCCGGAGAGGUUUGAAGGGAAGAAUAUAGAUGUCACAGGACACCAUUUUGCGCUCUUGCCGUUUGGUGCGGGCCGGAGAAAGUGCCCGGGAUACAGUCUUGGGAUUCGUAUAAUUAGGGCAACUUUAGCUAACUUGUUGCAUGGAUUCAGCUGGAGAUUGCCUGAUGGUAUGAGUCCAGAAGACAUUAGCAUGGAAGAGAUUUAUGGGCUAACUACACACCCCAAAGUCGCACUCGACGUGAUGACGGAGCCUCGACUUCCCAACCAUCUUUACAAAUAGUGGAUAAUUAAAGUCAUUAAACUCAUUUUGUUAUAUGCAUGUCUCAUAUUUGUAGCGGUCAAAAUGCUUGUUUUCUAUCAUGGGUGUUCAGUGCGACGUUGGGAAUUUCAAGUCAUUAACGUGUGAUAACAUUUUAAAUUUAUAAAUUGUGUAAUCGUGAUUUUGAAUGUCAAAACAAUACCAGAUUCCAGAAA